CAUGCGCAAGAUGAGCUAUUGCGGAAGUGGGAGGGAGAGGCCGAGAGAAAUUUUGGUACUGCGCAUGCACUGAGCGUGACGUUGAGGUUUGAAAUAACCGGCAAAGAGUAAAGGUUGGAACUAGCUUCCUGAAAGCUUCGUAGGGCCCGAGCCCUGUGAGCCCAGGUUCGGCGCCCACUGGGAGGUGUCGUGCUGGCUGCUUUUUUUUAAAGCCCUAGAAUCUUGGCUUCGGCGUUUGGGGUAAGCUCCGUUCUCGUUCUCAAGCGCGUUUCCGCGAACUCUCGCGGGAUUGACUGGCCGUCUCGAGAGCUGGCAUCUCCUAGGAGCUAGUCCUGGUCCUCGGCUAGGCGGCUUGGGGUCGCGGCCUACCUCGGGAGCCCGCCUGACGCCGGCUGACCCCGCCUGUGAUCCUGGCAACGAUGGAUGAUGACCUGAUGAUGGCACUGCGGCUUCAGGAGGAGUGGAACUUGCAGGAGGCGGAGCGCGAUCAUGCCCAGGAGUCCCUGUCGCUAGUGGACGCGUCGUGGGAGUUGGUGGACCCCACACCGGACUUGCAGGCACUGUUUGUUCAGUUUAACGACCAAUUCUUCUGGGGCCAGCUGGAGGCCGUCGAGGUGAAGUGGAGCGUGCGAAUGACCCUGUGUGCUGGGAUAUGCAGCUAUGAAGGGAAGGGUGGAAUGUGUUCCAUCCGUCUCAGCGAACCCCUUUUGAAGUUGAGACCAAGAAAGGAUCUUGUAGAGACCCUCCUGCAUGAAAUGAUACAUGCCUAUUUAUUUGUAACUAAUAAUGACAAAGAUCGAGAAGGGCAUGGUCCAGAAUUUUGUAAACAUAUGCAUCGCAUCAACAGCCUGACUGGAGCCAAUAUAACGGUAUACCAUACUUUUCAUGAUGAGGUAGAUGAGUAUCGGCGACACUGGUGGCGCUGCAAUGGGCCAUGCCAGCACAGGCCACCGUAUUACGGCUAUGUCAAACGAGCUACUAACCGGGAACCCUCUGCUCAUGACUAUUGGUGGGCUGAGCACCAGAAAACCUGUGGAGGCACUUACAUAAAAAUCAAGGAACCAGAGAAUUACUCAAAAAAAGGCAAAGGAAAGACAAAACUAGGAAAGCAACCAGUAUCAGCCGCAGAGAAUAAAGAUAAACGCAGCAGAGGUGAGGCCCAGCUGGUAAUCCCUUUUAGUGGGAAAGGAUAUGUUCUAGGAGAAACAAGCAAUUUACCUUCACCUGGGAAACUGAUCACUUCACAUGCCAUUAAUAAAACCCAAGAUCUUUUAAAUCAAAACCAUUCAGCAAAUGCUGUAAGACCUAAUUCUAAAAUCAAGGUGAAAUUUGAACAGAAUGGUUCAAGUAAAAAUUCUCAUCUGGUCUCCCCUGCUGUUAGUAAUAGUCACCAAAAUGUUCUAAGCGACUACUUUCCCAGAGCAUCAGUUGCCAACCAAAAGGCUUUCAGAGGUGUGAAUGGAUCUCCAAGUGUAACAGUUGGCAACAUCCCUAAAAACUCAGUCUCUUCUAGUUCUCAAAGAAGGGUUUCAUCUUCUAAGAUAUCCCUAAGAAAUUCUUCAAAAGUAAUGGAAUCAGCAUCUGUGAUGCCAUCCCGGGAUGUGAGUGGGUCUGAAGAUACAUUCCCAAAUAAACGACCUAGGCUAGAAGACAAGACUCUUUUUAACAAUUUUUUUAUCAAGAAAGAACAAAUAAAAAGCAGUGGUAAUGAUCCAAAGUGUAGUACAACCACAGCUCAGAAUUCCAGCAGUUCAUGCAACCAGAGCAAAAUGGUUAAUUGCCCAGUUUGUCAGAAUGAAGUUUUGGAGUCUCAGAUUAAUGAGCACUUGGACUGGUGCCUUGAAGGUGACAGCAUCAAAGUCAAAAGCUGAAGAAAGUCUUUGAAAAAGAUUUCAAAGUCUCAAGUACCACCUGUAUUACCUCACUAAUGUGCUAUGUCAGCCAGUCAGGAAGUUCUGGUUAAUACUAAGAUUUGUAGGUUAUAAUCUAGUUCACAUAACCAAUAGAAAAUGUCCUAUUUUAUAUAUACAUAUAUAAGAUUGUAAUUUUAAGAUGUUUUAUGUCUCAGGGUGCUACAUUCACUCUUGCCUUAGGUAUACUGUAACCCAGGUUCUGCCUGUCAUGUAUAAUAUUUAGGUACUUUUGUUCUUUCUUGCUCUUAAGGAUUUUAAAAAUCUGUUAAUCUUUUUAUUUGUAUACUUUCCUAAAAAAUAUUCAUAUGGGGAAUCCUGUCAGGUAUUUGGUUAUAUUGACUAUUUCUUUAUUAAUAGUAUUAGAACUCAUUCCCUGAACUGAUGUAAAUCUUCAUAGUGUCAGACAUACUGACCAAAACCACAAUCUAGACUAUAAAGUAUAUUGUUUUAGAGUACUCAAACUGUAUUAUUUAUUAAUUUUUUUGUUUGCAAAAUCUUAACAGGAACUGUAUUUUCUAUAUUUUAAAUAAUUUUAUUUGUCCCACUUUUACUAAACGGUGGCGGCAGAUUUUAAGUUAAAGAAUAUGGAAUAUAGUAAAAUAAGUAAUUUCUUUUGGAAUAUUUUUAGUAACCAAUAGCCACUAUAAUUCUGUAGGCCAAAUUUUAUAUUGAGUUUAGCUGUUUUCUCAAAAUUUCGCAGAGUGGUUAAAAUUCUGUGCUGAUAAGUAACUGAUACGUAUAACAUAAACAUAACAAAGUUGCCUAGUUUAUGUAACAGUGGAAAGUUAUCUGGAAAUAGUAUUUUGAACUUUAAGCCAAGUUUAAACCAUUAUAAUACAAGGAAUACCAUUUGUGCAUUUAAAGUAAUCUUUUUUUAAAAAAAUAUUUUCCAUGUUAUAGGGAAAGGACAAAGAGACUUUUAUCAGUUUGCUUUUUGUCUUGUGGCUGUACAUGCUGUUGGCAUAGCCCUAACACAGUUGUUAACAAGUUUUCUUUUUUCUUGUUGCAGUUUUCCUUCACUUUGUUGUAAUACAGGUGCAUAAAUCUUAAGUGCACAGCUGGGUAAACUUUUACAGUGUUCACCUGUGUAACUACUACCCGGAUCAAGUUAGAGAACACUUCCAUUGCCACGGAAGGCUUCCUAUAGGUGUCUGUUCCCAGUUGAUACCCAUAACCCUCACCACCUCCAGAGGUCCCCACUGUUUUCACCCCAUCAUUGCAGAUUAUUUUUGAAUUUUAUAAAGUAGUAUCUUUGUUCCUAUGUGUAGCAGGAGUUCAUUUUCAUUGCUCUUGCAUUUGUAUGAAUAUACUAGAAUUUAUUCAUCCGUUCUAAUGUUAAUGGACAUUUGAAUUAUUUCCAGUUUGGGGCUGUUAAGCAUAAUGCUGCUAAGAACAUUCUUAUCUUUUCUGUUGGGUAUAUAUACAGAAAUGGAAUUGCUGAGUCAUGGGGUAUAUUUCUGUUUAGCUUUAAUAAAUUCUGCCAGUUUACUCUCCUGCCA